AUGGGCCGAAGCUCUCCGGGCAUAUUGGAGACACUACAUACGACACUGGAAUCCAAGCCGGUCGACAAACGGAAGGUUCCAGCACCACGCAAUUGGCCUGACUGGCCGUCUAAUCGCUACCGCUUGAACAAAAUCAUGGAACGUGACACCAAGGGGGUCCUCCUCGAAGCUUUGAAGAUCGCACAGAUCGCAGGCCUCGAUGAGACAUAG